CUUGAUAGUUUGUCUGCGUGUCAUGUUGAUGAAUGCUGAAGCUGGGGAGUCAACAUGUCCACCGCUGCUGCUCAGCAAAACAAUAACGAAGAGCCCGGGCUUCACGGCUCUUGGGUAGAGCUGGAGCUGAAUGGAAACACAGGGACCCAGAGCAUGCAGACCAACCUGCUAAUGACACCCGCUGCUGACCAAAUAAAUGCAAAUGCUGCUGUGAGUCAAACUCUGCAGACCUUGGAGGUGGUGCCUGAGAACGAUGAAACCCUUAUUGGAGGAUUAGAGCAUGUGCCAUCAUCUUCCUCUAUCCACAAUGGAGACAUGGAAAAGAUCCUCUUGGAUGCGCAGCAUGAAUCCAGCCCAAGUAGCUCUUCCUGUGAUAGUCCUCACAGGCCACCAAGUCCUGAUCAGGAUGAGGGUCAGAUAACUUUUGACGUAGAGAUGUCCAGCCCGACAGGUAGUCAGUCAGAGGAAGAUGGUGCUGAGAAGGACAGAGAGGAAGACAUCCUCAUGAACAAAGAAGUAGACUGGGUCGCUGAUUGGUCCAGCAGACCAGAAAACAUUCCACCAAAGGAGUUCCACUUCAGGCACCCGAGACGUUCAGUAUCUCUCAGUAUGAGGAAGAGUGGAGUCAUGAAGAAAGGUGGCAUCUUCUCUGCCGAAUUCCUCAAAGUCUUCAUCCCUUCCUUACUCAUCUCACACAUCCUCGCUCUUGGCCUCGGGGUGUACAUUGGGAAGAGAAUUGCCACAGCCUCCACCAGCUCUUACUGAAUCGAGGAUGAAGCAGUGCCUGGAUGUUGUCCUGUCUCCAAGUGUCUCAACCAUCCUCAUGUAGCCAAGAUGUCUCUCUGCAUCUGUUGUACACCCGCAUUUCCCUUCCAAUCAGCAUCCAAUUCUGUCCCAUUGUAGAUGUUAGUUAUAAAAGUAUGCACAUUGCGUAAUGUGGUUGCACUCCAUCACAUUUUCACACAGGGCGUCAUUGUACCUAGCAGAUGUCACCAACUUGAAUCCAGUAGAUAACAGUUGCCGUUAGAGCUGGAAUAUAAUUAGUCAUCCUUUUCAACUCAAAAAUAUGUGACAAAGGAUUUGAUGUCAGACGGCUUCUGGGUUUUGGAUUUUUUUCUGAAAUUUCUCCACUUGUUUUGAUGUAAUGUCAUGAGAAAUCUGGCCUUCUCCUAAGCGGCACCUCUCCUCUGGUAUUUCAGCAGGCAGGGUGUAUGAACCAAAAGAUAUGCGCCACAUAUGCAAUACAAACUAAUUGAAUUGGCUCUGGGAACAGAAGGGACUUUAAUAGCCUUAACUUUUUUGAGUUUUACAUUCAAGGUGCAGUUCACAGGGUGGGUGGGCAACACAAUGAUGCUGCACAAGUGGGAUUAGUUUUUAAAUUCCACACACUUUGGAGAAUAGAAGUUGAAUCAUUUUGACUCCUUGUAUUUUCUUUUAAAAGCUUUGUUUUUUUUAAUUUUUUUAUUUGAAGGUUGGAAAGCUUAAACAUUGAUGUAGUAUGUAGCUCCAAAAUUUUACAGCGAGGUUGUUUGAGUAUAUUAUGAUAGUGGAACCUAGGCCGGAUGGCAGUUUACCAGGCCAUAUGCUAUUUGUAUUUCUUUUUGCCUACAUAUCUUCUUCUUUAACACAUAAUAUAGCAGAAAAGGCAAAGUGCCAAAUUUGUAUCUUUCACCACUGCACAUUGGUGAUUUAUCUUAGACUGUUUUUUGAUUUUCUUAUAUGUUUAGGUAUUUAAAGACGUAGAUGUGAAAAAUAAUUUAAGCUGUGAUCUGCCCCAUGUAAUAGACACCUUUUGACAUUGUAUAAUUUGUUUAUACAUUGAUAUUAAUGCAUAUUGUAGCUUAUGCAUUGUGGCGGUGUAAGUAAUGUGUUUUUCCUGUCGUUUAAUUGCUGAAGCGCCAGCUGCAGAAACCACCACAAAGGAAGGUAUUUCCAGGGGCCUCAUUUAAGAGUGUUAUCAGACUUUUAUGUAGAUUUCACUGUGCAAUCAUUUCACAUAGUAUGAAACAAUAAACAGUGUACAGUGUGUGUAGAACCUCCAGGAAAACGACAGAAAUAGAAAGCAUUUCCUGAAGAAAAUGCACAUGAUUUCUGUAUAUUGAUGCUGACUGGAUGACUGGAUGACUCCUUUGUCAGUGUUUGUAAAUGGAUGACGUUAUAAUCAUAUGAAAAAUCAUUGACCAUAAUGUACAGUACUGGCUGUAGUGGUUUUCAAGCACUCAACAUGCAUUUAGGCUUUAAUGCAUUAUAUAACUCAUACUAACUCAUAAACUGUACAUGUCAUCAUAACAGGCUUAUGUACAGUUGAUCAGUGUGCAAUACAGAGCGUUUUGGAAUUUGAAUAAAGUUUGUACUGUAUACA